CGGGGCGUGCCCGUUGUUCUGCUAUGGCGGCUUCCGAGUGAGCGUCUUAACCCAGAGAUCGGUCAAAGCGGCAUUGAACCGGGUACCUUAUAGGACCCUGUUCUGGCUGGUUCAUUUGUGCAUCAAGGAUUUUUUUUUUAAUGCUCCCUUUGAAUAUAGCAAAAUGAAUAAGAAACUGGAUUAUUUUAUUUGGACUCUGAGACGGAUGCAGGCAUGUCUUUAUUCAGGGAGUCCUGUCUUUAGAGCUGCUUCAAGAACAUUUGUGUCGGGAAUUAAUGGACAUAAGGGACCUCCACGGAGUAUUUACUUGGAGCAGUUUCAGUUGUUUGCAAACCCAUCCUGGCAACAGUCAUCUCUUCGGUAUUCUUCUGAAGAUGUUCAAGCUAUUAAUAGAGAGAGUGUCAAUUCAAAUGAUGAGAAAACUGCUAAUUAUCUGCGAGAAGCACAUGUGCAGAGCCCUGAACCAAUGACUAUCAUAGAUGCCCAACCUCCUGAUUUUUUGGCUGAGCCACAACAAGGAAGCAGUGAGACUGAAGGAAUAGAGAACGAAAAUACAUCCCAGCAGUUCUUUACUGACCUUGAGAUGUGUAGUUCACCCUGUGAUGUCCUUGACCUUGUUUCAAAGUCUUCAUUCUCUCAAAAGUAUGUCAGUACCUGUUUCCGCAGAAUGUGGAUGCUCGUCAAAGGAUUUUCUAAGAAACAGAGGAUUUAUGAGAAAGAUCUGAUGUUUGAGCACCCUAACUUUAGCCAGCUGUGCCAGACCUUAAUUCAGGAAGCUAAGUUCCUGCAGCGUGAACAUCUGGUGUAUAGCUUCAUUGCUGUUGUGAGACUGGGAAUCCCAGAGGACACACUGCUGGUUCAGACCCUGGUCAGGGUAUGCCAGGAACGUCUGAACGAAUUUAAUGACAAAUGUCUCUCUGUUCUUGCCAACACUCUGAAAGAUAUGGAAAAAACCAAGAAUGUGGAAGCUCUUCGGUUUGGAUUGCAGUUACUGGUGGAGCAGCAACUCUCCCAAACCUCAGAUGUGUUCAUAUUGCAGAGCUAUAUGAAGUGUAUUGGGAAGGAUGGACCACUCAUGCUUAAAAGAAAGCUGGAGAACAAGAUAUAUGAUCAGAUUGAUCGGUUUACUGUCGCAAAUGCUCAACACAUGUUCACUACACUGGCUGAAAUGAAUUACCACUCUCUUCCAAUUCUGAGUGCUUGUAGUAAGAAAGUAAUAGAGAACAUCCAAGGAACUCCAUUUAAUAAAAUGCUGCAAGUUUUGAUGUCUUGUAGUAAGCUCCAGUAUUAUGACGACGCACUUUGUUCUGCAAUAGGAGAUUAUGCAGCAUCAGUCUUAUAUAUGUUGGACGUUAGACAGGUAGUCCUACUUCUUUUGGCCUUCAAGGCUUUUCCCUUUCGACCAGUGAAUCUGAUGGACAUGUUUGCUGAGAAAUUGAUGUCUCAUCCUGAAUCCUUGAGUAUGACGGAUAUUUUGUUUGUCCUGGAAUCCUAUUGUUUCCUCAACCAUUUCCCCAAAGACCAAAAGGAGAAGUUCCUUGAGAUUCUCAAUACUGUCUUAAAUACAUACCUCUCCACACUCCCUAAUAAAAAAUUACUAAGGGCUGUAUUGGCAUUCUGUAUUGCUGGAUAUGUUCCCCAGGCCGCAGUUGAUCGACUGCUGCAAGCUGAAAUUCUCCAUGAUCUAAUAUCAGAUGAGCGGAAAGCAGAGGUACAUAAAAAGAAGUUGCAUACCAUCAAUGUUUGUUUACAACUUGAUGGAAAUGCUUCUACUGAGCAAGCAGCCUUAUCAUCCCUGGCGCUACCACCACAACCUCCUGUUACUAUUCCUGUUGUUCAGAAUGUGCUGGAUACACUUCUGGGAGAUCCGAGUCUGUAUCAACCAAAUGUAGUGGUGUCUCAUGGCUACUCCAUAGAUUUUCAAAUCUUAAUGGAUGCAGAUCGGAAAACAGUGGUGCCAAACACACAGAAAGAUCACUUGACAGAUGAUCCUAACAUUAAAAGGAUAGCUCUGCUGUGCCCCCAUGUGAAUGCUUUCUGCAUGGGCUCCACUCAUCCACUCGGCUUCCUGGCAAUGAAGAUGAGGCACCUACGCCUUCUAGGAUAUCAGGUGAUCCUGGUUUAUUACCCUGCGUUCCAAAAAAUGAAGCCAAAUGAGGCAGUUGAGUUUUUGAAGGAAAAAAUAUUUUCAGAAGAAGGAAGUUCUGAGUUGAAGAUCCAAAGUGACUGUUAAAUCUAGGCUGCGUUCUCUUUGCCAGCUUCUCUGUAGCAAUAGAUUGCUAUGACAAUAUGUGUGACUCUCCUUGCCACCUAGCUGAGGCCACCCACAGGGAUGUCUCCCCCAUAAUUACCCUCCCACAAGGAGGAAUUGGGGGGUAACUGUGAGGGAGAGGCCUUCUUUCCCCCAUGUUUUCAGUGCAUGGGCAUUUAUUGUCUCCCCCCCACACACACACAACUCAUCUGGGAUUCUUACAGUUAUACAUGUUUUCAAAAGAAACAGGGCUCUUCCUCCACAGUUCAUGUUUGUAUAACCAUCAUGGGUGGCCAAUUCUGUGGCAGCUUUCCUGCAUGUAUACGUUUGAAAGCAGAGGGCUGGCACUCUGUGGUCUUUCAGAUAUUGCUGUAUUGAAGUUGUAUCUGAAGGGCCAUAAGUUGCCUACUCUGCUUUCAGGUGUAAUAAUGGUGGAGGGAGAGAAAAGAACACUGGAAAUAGCCCUCAGCAUGAUACUAAACUAAAUUGACCCACUGUUGUUUUAUUACAAGUAUAUUUGCUGAAUUCUACACGGAAUUGAAUGUACUUAUCCUAUUGUGGUAUAUUAAGUCAUCUUUACUAGUACCUUUUGUGAAAUUUGGAUGAGAAGAGGGUAUAUGUAUAGAUAAAUAAACAAACAAACAUA